AUGUUUCAUUCAUUAUUAUUCAAUAUCAUUGUGUUACAUUUGAUCAUACUUGUUUCAAUACAAGUUGAUGGUAAAAGACAGGAGCUACAUAGUUUCGGAAAUCCAGAGGUCAUUUUACGAAAGCUACGAGGCGAAUUCGCACAGAGUCUACAUCAUGCAGAUUAUCAAGUACAGCAAGAAAUGGGUUUGGAUAAAUUAGUUGGUUCAGUGAUGAACAAAGACGAAGCGAAAGUCGCAAAAUCUUCACGUCGCUAUAAAUGUUUGCAAAAGGAACUAAAAAAAAUCGAAAAAAAGGCGGCUAAGCACAGCGGAAUGCAAUGUGAAAUCCCUACAGGACUGAAUUACAAAGACAUGGAAACUUUAAUUGACUUGAGUAGAAAUAAAUACAAAAUUAUCAACAGUUACAACGAAAAUUUGUGUAAGUAA